AUGAGUAAGAUGCUAAAGAUGGCAUCGACUGCAAGUAGACACCAGUGCUUCUGUUUGAGUUACCAUGGAGAUGCCAAUGCCCAAAAGAUCUAUCCAUAUGAAGUUCUGGCCGUGACGCACCGAGUCAAAGUGAAGCUUCCCAGAGACGUGGACCGCACCAGACUCGAGAGACACCUAUCCCCGGAGGACUUCAUGCAGGUCUUCAGCAUGACCCUGGACCAGUUCGACCGCCUGGCCUUGUGGAAGAGGACCGACCUGAAGAAGAAGGCGCGUCUUUUCUGA